AUUGUGAAAGUAUUAAAUACCCACAAGCGAGAGAACCUGUUAGAUAUACAGGGAAGCGCAAACUGGAAAAAAACGGCAAAACAAGGAAACCCUGAAAACAAAGAGAGGAAACAGAAUGUAAUUUCACUGGAAGCGGCCGCUCUUUGGGUGUAACUUUUGCACUCAGACCGGUAUAGUGUCUCACGUUGGGGCCUCGGGAAACGAUGACUGGUGAGAAAUGAACUCCACUUUUUAUGCGCCCAACAUUACCUCAGGCAUAUAAGCGUAUCAGUCGAGGAACUGGUGAAUUUAAACGAGUGAUUUUGCUUCACGUUAAUGCUCUAUGACCUGGAAUAAUGGUCGUAGAGUGCUCAAAAGAGUCAGAGUUUGAGGGAAGCUAACAGGCUAUUCAGCCACACCCUCCCGACGCUUCCUGAUACGCAAGAUGUAGCGGGAGACUACAACCGCCGUAAGAGUCUCAAUAGCGACCGAAGUUCGUUACCGAACCUUCUUGGUUGUGGAAAGAGCAACAAACCUGUCAAGCGUUAAAGAAAUUGUAUGUAAAAGUGAAACUCUCUGCGACUGGACAACCGUUGAUUUUCUGCUGAGGAGGGAGUAUGGACAAUAGAUAUGCUCAAGGAACUGAGUUUGCCCAAAGAACUUGGAUUGUGUACGAAAAAGAAACGGCUGAAAGCCGUUUGCGAGCGUUUUAUGGAUUUUGGAGGCGUCGUGUGAUGAUGAUGCAGAGGCGGCGGGGCGCUUGGUCGGCGCUCGCGCUUUGGUUGGAGGGUUACGCGUGUUCAGCUAUAUGGUCAUUGUCAUCCUGCCGGACAUUAAUUUAAAUGCAUUUAUGUCACGAUAUAAGAACAAAACAAUGUUGGAUAUACAGUGGACCCGAUUAAGCAAGCCAGAAGUUUGCAAUUCUGGAAGUCUGUCCGUCAACCUGCACUUUGCCUUCAUUUGGGCGUUCUCUGAUACAAACGGCACUGCAGUAGCCCUUUAAAAGAGUGUUUAUAGUUUUUUGUAUUGUUGGAGCAACAUUGACAGAAGCAACCUGUGAAACUGAUCCCCCCAAGUUUGGGCAAUUCAGAGUUUUUCAAUUGAAAGGACAUUUAAUUAUAGCUCUCCCAAGCCUCUGUUUGUCCACAUUUGCUUAAAAAAGAAAAAUCCAUUUACUUUUUUCAGGUUUACUUCUUUCAUGAGAAAUCAGGCCUUUAUUCUCAAGUACAGUGAGUGAAGUUUAAUAUUAUUAUGCGAUAGCAAAUGUUUACUCAAAGAAAUAAGUGUCUUGUGUGUUUGUAAAGAAGCGAAUAGUGGACUUUGUCAAUAUAUUUUGAAGGACAUUAUAGAACACUUUUUGGCCAGUUUUUACUUUUCCCAGAGAAGGCGAUCUUUCAAACUGAAGAAAAUGUUACGUAUUCACACAAGUCAACGUGUGAUGUAUUCUUUAUUUUGAAAAAGGGAAAACAAAAUUUUAAACAUUAGUGCGAGAACCCUACUAUGGCUAGUAGUGGCUCCGGAAAAUCAGAUAGCGAGGUUCCUACCAACAUCCUUAGUGGCAACUUGCAACAAAGGAAAAGACUUUCAUACAUCUGUGAUGCAUGCAAAAGCAAAAUGCAGCUGGUGGCAGACCUGCUCCUAUUGUCCAGCGAGACCAGGCCAGUGGUCCAAUCCGACGGCCUGCCAGUAGCAGAGACUUUUGAGAAAUGUCGUGACACAGUGAUCGCCAGAACGAAGGAGUUGUCCAUUAUUGUUCAUGACAUUCAGAGCCAGCUCAACAUGGGCAAAUAUGUGGAGGUUGGGGACCUACUGGUGGAGAUGGGGGACCUCGUGGUGUCGCUGACGGAGUAUUCAGCACACGCGGCAUAUUUGGCAGCAGUGGAGACCCCAGGCUCACAAGCUGCUGUUACUGGCCUGGUGGACCGCUAUAAAGUCACCCGGUGCCGGCAUGAAGUGGAGCAGGCCUGCAACACUCUCCGCCUGACGGCUCUGGCUGACCUGACGCCACAGCUCCUUCUGGAGUUGUCGCAGAAUAUCCUAAAGAACCUCACCACCCUUACGGACGCAUCAUCUCUGGCCAGUGAUAAAUCCAAGGACAAGUUUGCCAAGGAGCAGUUCAAAGCCAGUGUCAAGUGCAUGACCACGAGUGCCACAGCUUUCUUGGCAUGUGUGAGGGAGGUAAAGGCCUAUCCCAGUGAGCUGACUCGCAACCGCUGUGUCCUGUUCAGCGGACCACUCGUGCAGGCUGUGCACGCCUUGGUAGGUUUUGCCACCGAGCCGCAGUUCCUUGGCAAAGCAGCCAGCAUCACCCCUGAAGGUAAGGGAGUGCAAACGGCCAUCUUGGGCGGAGCCAUGAGUGUGGUGUCGGCCUGUGUGCUGCUGACCCAGGGCCUCAGGGAUAUCUCUCAGCAUCCCGAGAGCAGCUCCCAGAUGCCCAUCUACCGGGAGCGACUGCGGAACUCUGCUUGCGCCGUCUCAGAUGGAUGCACGCUCCUUUCUCAGGCACUAAGGGAACGAUCCUCACCAAGAACUCUACCGCCAGUUAACUCUCAUUCUGUGAAUUAAAACUCCUUAACAUACACAACACCAACCCCUUGGCACAUUAUUUGAAGUACCAAAGAAUCUAAUCAGGUUUUCCCCAAUAUAGUAUGACCCUGUUGAGUAAGUAGUGUUUGUGUCUAAGUUAACUCAUCAUGGCAUUAACAUAUCUUGAGGUCAGAAGAGACAUUUAUUUAUUUUUUUCUUCAUUUCUAGAUGUGAUGUGGGAGAAAAAAAUAACUUUACUAAAACUGACAACUUUUGCAAAUCUAUGUUACCCUCUUUCGGUUGGGAAUUUGGCUAUAAGUGGUUACUCACAGAAGGCUUAAUAAAAUGAAAUUGAAAGUUUACCUCAGUGUUUAGCUGAAUGGAUGUCAUUGAGAUGUGAAAUAUCCAGAGUUGUGCUCAUGCUUGUGUUCCAUGUGUGAAUUUGUAAUGAGUAAAAGCUGCUGUGAGUGUGUGCCACAGGUUUUACACUAUUUACAAAACGUACAAUUAUAUUUGAACGUGCUUUGUUUUUCUUUUUGCCCAUCCCCUAUUUUUUUAUUUUCAUUUUUUAUUUUAAUCAUGCAUGUACUGGAGUAUUUAUUUCAAGUUAUUAAAAUGUUGUUUCACCUGACUGUUAUUUUGAGACAUCUCAGUCAAAAGAUUAAAGGACUUGAUUAUUUUAAAUCUACAACAGAGGCAUCCUUUCACUGGAUGAUCUAAAGGUAAAAGGCACCGUAGCUGAAUGUGUCCCAAUAAUUAUUAUUUUUUUGUAAGGUUGUUCACAUGACAUUUUUUAAUGUAGCCAAUUUUAGAGACAGGUCUGAAGUAGUGGCGUAGCCACAGGUGUGCCUGGGUGUGCAAUUGCCACCAAAAACAUAUGCUUGCACACCUAAAUGAAAUUACAGGAUUUUUGACACUUAAUUAUAGUAUGUAGUGGUGUAAAAUUAAUCAUUAUUCUGCUGAAACUUCAAUGCAUCGAUUAGGAGAUUUAAUAAUCUAUUAUAAUGACCAUAAUAAUACCCAAUGUGUUGGGUAUUAGAUUACACAAGCACCCACACAAAACUGAAGAAACAAGCACAUUUUAAAUUUAGAAAGUUUAUGCUACCGAGUUUGGAUUUAUGCCUCAUUAUUCAUAAUUGUAUGUGUCCAUAUGAGCAAAAUAAGUUAUUUGUUGUUCUUCCCCAAUUAUGCAUAUUGUGGAAUAUUUUGAGUUUUACUACAUCUUAUUGGUUCAGUCAAUAUUCCCCUGAUGAUAUGCAAAUCUAUUGUACAUAAUCAAUGGUCUACUUACAGUCUGUUUGCAUCAUAUCAGGCGUGGUAUUAUCUUAUAUUAUACUGGCUUAAUAAUUAACGUAACAAUAUAAUUUUUCUUUUUUAUAUUAUGGACCAAACCUCCCUGUUAUCCAUAAAUACAAAGAAUGUUAAAAAAAUGUUUUGAAUCUUCUUACUGUUAUGCAAUACAAUGCAUUGCUGAUUUAUUUCUUAUUCACAAUGAAGUUUUUAAACCAAUGAAUUUAACUAAAACCUGGUGUAUUUUUGUAAAUUGUUCUAAACUGUGCAUAUGUCUUUAGCAUAUUUUGGAAAAUAAUGAUGACUUAUACCAAAACACAUUUUUUUUAAUGACAAAAUAUUAAGUCUUAUAUUUUAUAUAUUAACAGGCCUUUACCUACUCCAUUUAAUUAUAUAUAUUUUUUAAAGUCAUUUAAACAUAACACAGAGCUUAAAAAAUUAUAGCCAAAAAGUCAUUGAUGCAAUGGUUGUUAAUGGUCAUUUUAUUAUAUUUCACUUAAUUGACCCUUCGCUAAGCUCCGCCCCCCUUGGGUACCGUUGCUCGCUCUGACAAGCUCUGCAGAUCUCCCCACUGGAAUGAAUGGAGAUUGCCGUGAAAGGCGCAGUAUUUGGCUAAAUAUUCUCAAACAAAAUGGAUACUAUUAUUACGUGGGCUGGAAUGAAGAAUGACAUUGUAAAGCAUAUUUAUCUGACAUUUUCUGUCAUAGCCCUCCUCUAAAACCGCCCCUGUUCAAAGCGCUUGUGACUGUUCAUUCAAUCAUCCAAUGAAUCAACAGAUCUGUGUCACAUGAUGUGAGUAAAAAGAAAUUGGGCCACAUUCAGCUAUGGUGUGAACGGAACCAAACGUUGCUGUAGAUGGGUAGUGUUUGUGUGAAUUGCUCGUUCAUUUUUCAUAAAGAAUGUGUACUAGCACUCAUUGAAAUAUGAGAAAAUCUAGCAGGUUGAUUCAGUCUACAAUAAUAAUAAAACAAUUGAAGAAUUAUAAAAAUUAUUUAGUAAAGUAUUUGAUUUUGUCAAAGAAUUUCAGUUUUUCCUUGCACUACAUUGUGGAUAGGUGUAGUUAAAACUAAUAAUCCAUUUGCCUUUGAAGAGCUCUUUUGCACAAAAUCUACCAUGACUAGUUCCUGAUGUGUUCCAUUUGUUAUCAUAGGCCUCGAUAAGCCUCCUGCUUCCUUCAUCUCUAAACUCAAUGUGUUUGAUGUCUGGAAUGUUUAUCUCUAUUGCCACAUAGGGAAGUAUCUUGAGUGUUGAGGUUUAUCUCACACAUUUCCUGUAGACUGAAAUCCAUUGAUUAGACUAUUGACAGUCCACACGUACACUUUGAGUUUUGGCAGAUUUCAACAAAGUACUGUAUAUCUCAGUUUGUUUCACAGGUAUACGUAAUGGGGAGAUUUA